AGGCGGCCCCGGAGGUCGAGAUGUCUAUCCCUGGUCUGGACUGGGGCAUGGACGAGGUCAUGGGUAAAGACGCCAAGAAGGUCCCUCAGAAGAAAGUGCCGUAUGCCAAACCAAUCCCGGCCCAGUUCCAACAGGCCUGGGCGGAGAAUAAGGUUCCCAUGAUGCCGCCUUCUGGAGAUCUUUCAAAAGAGCGAAAGGUGGAGCAGAAGGUGGAGGGUAAGAAGAAAACUCAGGCAGAGAUGGAGCAGGAGAUGGCAGCUCUGCAGUACACCAACCCCCUGCUGCUGGAGCAAAUGAAGAUGGACCGGAUGAACCAGAUGAGUACAGACGGGAACAUGGGUCCCCCACAGGGACAGGGCACCAUGCCCCCCUUCCCUGGCCCCGGAGGCCCUGCAGGUCCUGGGGCCCCUAUGCCUCCUGGCCAGCAGGGAUUUCACACAAACAUGCCACCCCAGCAAAUGCCCAAUAACAUGCCCCCCCCCAUGGGCCCUGGAGGUAUGCAGCCCCCUUUCAUUCCCCCUGGACAGAUGGGGCCACCCUCAGGACCUCAGCCUCACCAGGGGCUGCCUCAGGGCAUGAUGGGACCACCAGACAUGCAAGGACCUCAAGGAAUGCAGAGACAUCCUGGCCCUCAUAGAAACAUGGGUCCUCAAGGGCCUCACAGUAUGGGUCCUGGACCCAGAGGGAUGCAGGGCCCUCCUGGUGGGAUGAUGGGCCCCCCUCCUCGGGGAAUGGGGCCAAGGGAUCCUCAAGGGCUUCCACCUCAGGGGGGCAUGAUGCCACCUCAAGGGAACAUGAUGGGCCCCCAGGGUCCUAUGCAGGGUGGAAUGAUGGGCCCCCCACCCAGGACACAUAACAACAUGCCAAACAAUUAUGGGAUGGGCAACAUGCAGGGGCCCCCAGGUGGAAUGCAUGGACCUCCAGGAAAAAUGCAGGGGCCCCAAGGUAACAUGCAAGGACCCCAUGGAAACAUGCAGGGCCCCCCUGGAAACAUUCAAGGGCCACAUGGUAACAUGCAGGGGCCCCCAUACAUGCACCAGGGUCAAAACUCGGGGCCUAUAAUGCACGGGAUGGGGCAGCAGGGGCCCAAUAACAAAGGAGAUCCCCGGGGGCCUCCGCCAAACCACCACAUGGGCCCUCCUGACCGACAGUGUCCCGGAGGACCAGACCAGGGAUCAGGGCCGUACUGGGGGGACAACCAGCAGAGUCGGCGUGGACCACAGGACUUUGACGGAGGCCAGGACUUUCACGGUAGAGGAGAGGAGGGCUGGAGACCUGGACCAGGAUACCAGGGAGGGGGAGGACACAGGGGGGGAGGACACAGGGGAGGGAAUGGAGGGAACUGGGGCCCUGACGAGAGGUUCAGCGGAGGAGAAUUUAGAGGACGGAGAGACGACAGGUACAGAGGAGGCGGCCCUGGCCGGCCUGGAGGUCAUAGUUACCCUGAUGCGUACAGCGGCCAGGAGGAGGGCUUUGACGGCCCAGAGGAGAUUGGCCGAGGUUGGGACACUGGAUGCAGAGGGAGGCCGCCUCGAGGAGGAGGUCCCCCCAGAGGAGGAGGUCAGGAUGGUUAUCGGGACAGUCAGCAGAUGCAUGAUGGGUCGUCACCAGCUGGUCGUGAGCGACCGUCUUCCCUGCAGGGGAUGGACAUGGCGUCUCUGCCCCCCCGAAAGCGUCCAUGGCAGGAUGGACCAGGAACUGGCGAGAGAGAGUCUCCCGGAGCUGACGGAGGUCGACCCCCCCAGAGGGAAGAAGGUGCUUACGGUCCGUCUGGUCGAGGUGGACGAGGAGGCUGGGGUCCUGGAGGACCUGGACCCAGGAGGGGGGGACCACCACCCAGAGGAGUACUGAGGGGAGGCGUUCGGGGCCGAUAGUCCUGAAGAAAAAAACUCUCAAGAUCCUCCUGUCCUUUGGUUGUGUCCCUGCUAGUCCCUCCAGACCUGAGACCAUACCCUGACCAACCCUCGGACUGACGUUUGGUCAUGUGACACGGAUGUGUGCUGCUGUGGAGAACGGUGGCUUGUGAUUGGAGGGACUGGCAGGUGACAUUUUAAUGUAAGAUACUGUAGAGAAGCUCCGCCUCUUUUAUUUCACCCAAUCUUUUGUCUUCAGCUUGUUUUUGUCGUUUUUUGUAAAAGAUUUCUAUGUUUUUAUGUCUUCACCGACUCCACUGAGGUGGACAAUAAAGAUUCACACUUCAAACUCCA